AUGCCCGUGUACAUCGGCAUCAUCGGCGCACUAAUGCUAGUGUACAUCUUGACCUUCGUAUGUCGGCUGUUACACAACAUCAACGCUGCAAGAAGUAUUGGCUUGCCAUUUCUGGUCUACCCGGUAAAUCAAAACAACAUCAUCUGGUUAUUGGCAUCUGUCCCUUUGCGUCCAUGGCUGCGACGUACUCUCCCCACGCGGAUCUACAAUCGUCUCACGCUAGUGAUCUAUGGCUGGGAAUUCUAUGAGAAGCAUCGUCCGUUCGAUGAAUAUGCAGCCCCGCAGGGCAACGACAGGUCAUUCUUUCUUGCCACUUGUGGAAUACUGGAACUUUGGACAGCAGAUCCAGUCGUCGCUUCGGAGGUUCUGCAACGUACAGGUGAUUUCAACAUCCCAACCAUCACUGGCCUACUUUUCGCCCAGUUUGGACAUAAUGUGUUCACGACAAAUGGCGCCAGAUGGGCGAAGCAGCGCAAGGUUGUUGCGAGUGUGAUCAACGAGCGCAUUUCUAAGACUAUCUUCGAUGCGACUGUAUGUCAGGCUACGGGUAUGCUGGAUGAGCUUCUUCUCGCUGCUUUCGAGAAAAAGAAGAGGUUUGUGGAGUCGAAUGACUUAUUCGAUAUGAUCAGGCGAGUCACAAUCCAUGUGCUAAGCGAGGCUGGUAUGGGUGCAAAGGCUCCGUGGAGGAGUCAAGAUGAUGAGAAACUUGAGCCAGGGUUUGAAACAACAUAUGUUGAAGCCUCCAAGGCGGUCAUGGGCGCUGUUACUGGGCCGAUAGUUAUCCCAACCAGUAUUCUUUUGAACUGGCCAUCCUGGUUGCCGGGGCAUUAG